AGCUAAUAAUAGUAUGUCUGAUCCAUCGUUGCUGACUAAAGCUAAACUGAAAGAGGAAUUAAUACGCCACAACAUACCGUUACCGAAGUCCGACGCUAGAAAGCAGGCAUACGUUGAUUUAUAUACAGAACACGUGCUCAACGAAGCGUCAGACGACGACGAAACAACGGACCUGAAUGCUGAUCAUCGAGACAGCAGUGAUACAGAUGGUGAAGUUGUUAUAGUUUCACAAAAGUCAACAACCAAAGCCGGGACAGAAGUUUCUAAAGGAAGUGGAGACUUUUCCCGUAAGGAUAAAGAAGCCCCUGUCAUGACAUCAGUUAAAGACCUUACAGAUGCUGAAUUAGCACAAGAGCUGCGAUCAAGGGGUGCUGCCCCUGGUCCAAUUACUGCAACUACAAGGACAGUUUAUGAAAAGAAACUGUUGAAGCUUAAGCAAGCAGAGGGAAGUACAACUGAGAAACUGAUAGAGACAUCACAGUAUGAGGAAGUACCAGAUGAUGAAGAAAGAUCACCUCCACCAAAACUGAGGACUCCUACAAAGAGAGCAACCCGAGCUAGCAAGAAGGUUGAGCCAGAUUACUUUGGUGAAGAAACAACAAUCACUCACAGAGCACCAAUCCAUUCGGAACCAAAGCCAACGCCGAUUGUGACCAGUAAACCAGCAGGACCACGGACACCCUCUUCCACUGUCAAGCACACAGCUUUACCCAGAUGGGUCAAGUUUCUUGUUUUUGUUGGUGUUUUCUUCUUUGCAUAUCUUGUCUACCUAAACAUGGAACCCUCUGGAAGUAAAGUCCCCAAAAUAACAAAGGGCACAACUUCUUAAUACUGGAUGAAGUGAAAAGCUUUUUCAUAACAAGCUUAAGGAGGCACCAUGGUGUAUCUGUGAACUUAUGUCAGAUAGUUCUUCAACAAUUGCUAAUGUAACAAUGCAAGGGAUUUAAGCAAAAACAUCUUGUAUCUUUGUUGAUUGAUGCUAGAAUGAAAACAAGCAAACUGUUUUGUUCUAUUUCAAGAAAGAUGGUUACUAACUUUGUUAAGUGUGCAUACCAGUAAUACUAUUUACUGAACACUUACAGUUGUAAAAUGAUAAGUAGAAACAUCAUUAUAAAUAUUUACAUGACGAUUUUGAAUGACUAGGUGACUUUAGGAGUCUCUGUAUUAUAGGUCAUUAUUUCAAUGCCUGAACUUGGGAUUGAGCUUGAUACUUUUGAUUAUUUGUCUAAUGUCAACCUAUCAAGCAUUAAAAGUUAUAUUUAGUUGAGCUGAAAAUAAUGUAGCCAGUAUUUUCAGGGUAACACUUGAGCAUUCUAUUCAGAAUUCUGAUUUUCAAUAUUUUAAAAUUGUGAAGUAUUGAUACACUGUAUUAGAUGUAACGAAAUGAUAGAAAAUUAGGUAUUGGGACCAGUAAGUGAAAUAAUUACUAUUAAAUCUACAAAAGUGAGGGGGUACUGUUAAGGUGCUUAUUUUCAAGGGUUUCUGUUUCUUUACAAUAUUACAGGAUUUAAUGAAAUGGUUAAAAAUAGAUGAACAAAAGGAGACAAAAAGUCUGUUUCAUUUCAUGAUUUUUGAGAAAAUUUGACCAUUCUGCUUUAAACUGUCUACUGUCUGUAAAACUGCAAAAAAUUAACCAUCUAGGAAAAAAUUAUAGUAAUUUUAAUUUCAACAUUUAUCACUUGAGACGCAUUUUCAGAUCAGAGAUGGCAGUUAUCACUAGUUACUUUAGAUAGAUGUUUUUUUCUCUGUUUCUAUUGUUUGGAUUAUUUUUGUAUAUAUUGAAACUUAGUUUUACAAUACGUGCAUCAACAUUAUGAUUAAGGCUUUCCCAGAUUUUAGUGACUGAUGAGAGAACAUCUACCACUCCUUUAUAAUUGAUAAUGAUCUAUUAUCAAUUAUACAACAUCUGGUUCAGCCUUUAGCUUGGAUCUUUUUUGUAUUAAUAUGUAUGAUACAUACUUCUAGUGCUGAAAUACAUUGUUUGAUAUCACUUUGAAAGUAUAUUUAUCACUUAUGAUACUCCAUUUAAACAGCACCUAUUCACCUUAAAUAUUCUGUAUCUUAACACUAGAAACUGUGGAAAAUCUCUCUCUUAUCCAUUAUCACUGUAUUUAUUUAAGUCUAUUACAGUAGAAAUCUCUAGGUGGAGGAGGGGCUUUACACUUGAACCCUGAGUAUAGGGUUUACAACCCAAAUGUAAACAUAAAAAUCAUUUGUCUAUGUACCUGACUUCAUGUGGGUGCUAAUAGUGGUAGUACUAGCCAGUCCAAGAAUACUGAACAGAAAUAACCUUGUUAUACCAGGCAUAUUGAAGUCAGAUGGGUCUAAUAUUUUCAAACACUCUAAAGUCAUAUGAACAACAAAUGAUCUGUUAAUUUGUAUCUGAAAGGUGAUAUGGAUCUCAACUUUUCCUAUAAACACUUCAGUGUGUGUCCCUCCAGUAUAAAACUUGUGUUCAAAUAAAAUGCGUUUUAUUCCUUGGAGUAAAUGAAGUUACAGUCUUUCGACAAAGCUCAGUUGGUCAUAUUGAUUAAAUUUGGCCUGUAUUGUUUCAUUGCUCCGAAGAUUAAUAUUUAACUUUUAAUUUAUGCAAUCUCUGUGACUUGUAUAUCUUAAUUUAUUUUGCAAAUAACACUGAAAUAUAGAUCUGUUUGCAUAUAUUUUGAGCCUCUGAGAGAUAAGGUGGCCAAGGUUUGGUCAAUCACUUGUAAAUCAUAUUGUUAGUC